AUGGCGGCAAAACUGACGUUUCUUGUACUUCUCUACCUAGCUGUAUUUUCACAAUUUGUAGGGGCACAGACAGGAAGAUCUUUUGAUAAGUUCCUCAAGAGUGAUCAUACUAACAAUUGGGCUGUAUUGGUAUGUACCUCGCGGUUUUGGUUCAAUUACCGGCACGUAGCUAACGUCCUUUCCAUGUAUAGAAGUGUCAAGCGGCUCGGAAUCCCCGACAGUCAUAUUAUUGUAAUGCUUGCUGAUGAUAUGGCCUGCAAUGCCCGGAACCCAAGACCAGGAACAGUGUUUAACAAUGCAAACCAGCAUAUAAAUGUAUAUGGCGAUGAUAUUGAAGUGGAUUACAGAGGAUAUGAGGUCACUGUGGAAAAUUUCAUAAGGAUAUUAACAGGUCGUUUGCCAUCCAGAGUUCCAAGAUCUAAGAGACUACUCUCUGAUGAGAGAAGCAAUAUUCUUGUAUACAUGACAGGUCAUGGGGGCGAUGGCUUUCUUAAAUUUCAAGAUGCUGAGGAGAUAACAAGUAUUGAGCUGGCAGAUGCCUUUGAGCAAAUGUGGCAGAAAAGAAGGUACAAUGAAGUCUUCUUGAUAGUGGAUACCUGUCAAGCGUACUCCAUGACUCAAAAAUUGUACUCACCCAACAUUCUAGCUGUGGGCAGCAGUUUAGUAGGGGAGGACUCAUUAUCACAUCACGAAGACCCAGCCAUUGGAGUGCAUGUAAUUGACAGGUAUACAUAUUAUGUGCUUCAGUUCUUGGAGGGUGUGAGACCCAAUAGCAAGUCUACUGUGGGACAGUUGUUCGAAUACACCACACCAGCUCUGGUGAUUUCCACCCCAGGAGUGAGAUCUGAUUUGUUUAGGAGAGACCCUGAUAAGGUUCUGGUCACGGACUUCUUUGGCAGUGUUCAUAGCAUUGAGAUGUCAAAUUCUUCAUCUUUUAAUCUUGUGGAAGACACAUCAUGCAGGGGAGAUCAUUGUCCAGGAUCCCAGUCAGACACAAGCCAUCAAACUUCAGAGAAAUGCACUUUACAUGAUCAGUUUCCAAAACCACAAAAGAAGCAAGACGACAAAAAGUGGCACUUUACAACAGAGUUCCUCGUAUCCCUGACAGUUUUUAUGGUACUGGUUGGUGUUGCUUCUAUGAGAUGAAAGAGUAUUCUCACUAAAAAAAAUUGCAAGGCAAGUACAAGAACACUGCAAAGCACAGAAAUCAAUGCCUGACUAAGGGAUUGGAAAGAGCCAACCAGCUAAAUGUGUACUGUUUUAGGCAGUACAAGUCAAAAUGAACAGGGAAAUGUGGACAGAGAACUUCAAGUGAACUAUCUUUUCUCCACAAUUACAGUGAUGGAGAGUAGGCAUAACAUACUGACUUCUGCAGAGAAAGCUUGUAUUGUUCCAUAGUCUUGAUAAGAGAUUGGGAUAUAAGCAGUGAAGACAUAAAAAUGAAAACAAAAAUGAAGGCCAAAUUUUCAACAUGGUGAAAGAGUACUGGUAACUUGUUUGUGAUGAAUGUCACUGCACUUCAUGUUGGUUUAAAAAGAAAAGAACAGAUGUCACACACAGACCUCCUGUUAGAAUUUGUGCAUCUUGGAAGAUGUGAUCUGAGUUUUUCACUAUUUAUCCACCUCUAUGAUCAAGGGUAUAGUAUUUCUUUGACUGUCAGAUUUAUAAAAUGCACAGAAGUUGGGUAACCUUCUUUAUGCGAGCAGAAAUUACAAGAUAGCCUGAUCCCAUCUUGCAGCCAAUUUUUGUAUUAAUACUUAAAUAUUAUUGUGGAAAGACCAAAUAGAGACAUUAAACCAUUAAAAGUCACAUUCAUAAAAUUCUAUUAUUUUUUUAAUUUUAGUCUUAUGGCUAAGAGUAUUUUCAAGAAAUAAACAGAGAAGUAUAAAAUAACAAAAAAAAGACUGAUUUACCGUUGUUCUUGUCACCGGCUCUCAAAUAAAAUUGAGUACCAGUUGUGAGUCUACUAAGAUUUACAUAGGGACUACCCUUUGUUCAUGAAAGACUUAGUCAAACAUAAUGCUACCUACGUAUGAUGCAUGAUCCUUGCAGUAGAGAGCGCUAUUUAUGCAAUAGCAAAAAUCAGACCUGAAAAAAAU